CCCUGGCGAGGGAUCCUGCUCUUCGGGCCCCCCGGCACCGGCAAGUCCUACUUGGCCAAGGCGGUGGCCACUGAGGCCAACAACUCCACCUUCUUCUCCGUGUCCUCCUCGGACCUGAUGUCGAAGUGGCUGGGAGAGAGCGAGAAGCUGGUGAAGAACCUCUUUGAGCUGGCGAGGCAGCACAAGCCCUCCAUCAUCUUCAUCGACGAGGUGGACUCGCUGUGCGGCUCCCGCAACGAGAACGAGAGCGAGGCGGCCCGGCGCAUCAAGACGGAGUUCCUGGUGCAGAUGCAGGGUGUGGGGAACAGCAGCGACGGGAUCCUGGUGCUGGGUGCCACCAACAUCCCCUGGGUGCUGGACUCGGCCAUCAGGAGAAGGUUCGAGAAGCGCAUCUACAUCCCGCUGCCCGAGGAGGCGGCCCGGGCCCAGAUGUUCAAGCUGCACCUGGGCAACACCCCGCACUGCCUGACGGAGGCCAACAUCCAGGAGCUGGCCCGGAAAACGGACGGCUACUCGGGGGCCGACAUCAGCAUCAUCGUGCGGGACGCCCUGAUGCAGCCCGUCCGCAAGGUGCAGUCGGCCACACACUUCAAGAAGGUGAGCGGGGACUGGUCCCGG